CAGUCUAACUUCAACACACUCAAUCCGGGCGAGCAGUGCUCUGUAUAGGGCUCCUCUCUUUAUCUCACUACUGGCUUGGGGGGCUACCUAUAUUUUUGGGGGUAUCUUUUGGAGUUGCCACGUAUUUUUCUAUUCUUUAUUCAUUUUUUAUUAUUAUUUUCUGGAAGGAAAAAAAGGGGGGAGGGGGGGCAUUGAAAAUCGGACUCUUGGAACACCCCACCCCCCCUUAUACCCAACAAAGAGGGAGCCUGGUGCCCCCCCUGAACUCCCCCCUCCUCCUUACCCCCCUGGUCGCUGCUGCCCCCAAAUUUGCAAACUUCACCUUGCAGGGGUAACCUCCCCCUACUGAUCUGCUGCUGCUGGAGCCGGGAACAGGCAGGAAAAGAAAGAAAAAGUUUCUUUUUGGGGAGGGGGUUUUGCGAUUUAUUAUUUUCGCCGGUUUUAUUGCUGCAGAUUUUUUUUAUCAUAUUGUUGCAAAACUGUUGCUUGGGAGGGUGCAAACAUGCCGCAGCUUAAUGGCGGUGGAGGGGAUGAUUUGGGAGCCAACGAUGAGAUGAUUUCUUUCAAAGACGAAGGGGAACAAGAGGAGAAGAUCUCGGACAACUCCUCGGCCGAGAGGGACCUGGCGGAUGUCAAAUCGUCCCUGGUCAACGAGUCAGAAACUCACCAGAACAGCUCGUCCGACUCGGAGGCGGAGAGGCGGCCUGCACCCAGGGCUGAGACCUUCCGGGACAAAGGCAGGGAGAGUCUGGAGGAAGCUGCAAAGAGGCAAGAUGGAGGAUUGUUUAAAGGCUCCCCUUACCCAGGCUAUCCCUUCAUCAUGAUCCCGGACUUGGGCAACCCUUAUCUGUCCAAUGGAUCGCUGUCCCCAACCGCCAGGACAUGCGUGAAUGUACCUCUAGAUCUGCAUUUAGCUUCUUGUUGCAGCCCUUUGAUGCAGUAUCUGCAGAUGAAGUGGCCUUUGUUUGAUGCUCAGGCAGGGAGCUUACAAAGUAGACAAGCUCUCAAGGAUACAAGGUCCCCGUCGCCAGGUCACAUUGUUUCUAACAAGGUGCCAGUCGUACAGCAUCCACACCAUGUCCACCCCCUUACACCUCUCAUCACUUACAGCAACGAGCACUUUACUCCGGGGAACCCUCCGCCACAUUUACAGGGGGAUGUUGAUCCCAAAACAGAAGCAGCAAUGCACUACUGGGAGCUUGCUGAACACAUCGGAAUUCCACGUCCCCCGCACCCGCCGGACAUAUCUCCUUAUUACCCUUUAUCGCCGGGCACAGUAGGACAGAUCCCCCAUCCUCUCGGAUGGUUAGUACCACAGCAAGGUCAGCCAGUAUAUCCAAUCACAACAGGGGGUUUCCGACACCCUUAUCCUACAGCUCUUACUGUUAAUGCUUCCAUGUCAAGCUUUCUGUCCUCUAGGUUCCCACCACACAUGGUGCCGCCUCAUCAUAGUUUACACACAACUGGAAUCCCUCACCCCGCGAUAGUGAACCCUACAGUCAAGCAAGAAUCUUCCCAGAGCGACGUGGGAUCUAUGCACAGCUCAAAACACCAGGAUUCCAAAAAGGAAGAAGAAAAGAAAAAGCCUCACAUAAAGAAACCUCUUAACGCGUUUAUGUUGUAUAUGAAGGAAAUGAGAGCAAAAGUAGUAGCGGAGUGUACAUUAAAAGAGAGUGCGGCCAUCAAUCAAAUCCUCGGCCGGAGGUGGCACGCAUUAUCAAGAGAAGAACAGGCCAAAUACUAUGAGCUGGCACGGAAGGAACGGCAGUUACACAUGCAGCUAUACCCGGGCUGGUCAGCACGGGAUAACUAUGUAGGUGGCUAUGGGAAAAAGAAGAAGAGGAAAAGAGACAAGCAGCCAGGAGAGAGCAACGAACACAACGAAUGUUACCUAAAUCCUUGCCUUUCACUUCCUCCGAUUACAGACCUGAGCGCUCCUAAGAAAUGCCGAGCGCGCUUUGGCCUUGAUCAGCAGAAUAACUGGUGCGGUCCCUGCAGGAGAAAAAAAAAGUGCAUUCGCUACAUACAAGGUGAAGGCAGCUGCGUCAGCCCGCCCUCUUCAGAUGGAAGCUUAUUAGACUCCUCUCCUUCCUCUCCCACCAUGCUAGACUCCCCUCCAAGAGACUGCAAACCACAAACUGAACAAACUCAACCGCUCUCUUUAUCUUUGAAACCUGAUCCUUUGGUACGGCUUUGCGUGCCACACUCACCUCUAACAGAGAGCCCAGCUCGAAAGUCCAGUACCCUACCAGCUACCAUUUGCCAGAACGGAGCAGAACACAACCAUCAACCCAACCCUUUGCAGUCUUCUGCAUCAUAUUCCAUGUCACUAGCACAGCCUUCAACUUCUUUUUUACCUUCCCAUCGGUCAUUGGCUGGAACUCAACAACUUCAGCCACUUUCACUUGUAACCAAGUCUUUAGAUUAGUUUUAGCCAAACAUUGGCCCCACCUCCUUAUUUUUCCUAUUAGUCUUUUUUUCAUGAAUUUUGUGUAUUUCAUUUGUGCCAAGUGGCUACUUUUGUAGGUGUUUUAUGAAAUUCAUUGGUCAAUAUUUGACCCAUCUUUUAUCUCAGCUUCUCCGAUUUGAACUCGCAGACCUCUACAAGCCUCACAAUUCUGCCAAAAUUUUUAUCAUCGGCUUUCAAGUCUUUUCAACAGCAGGAGAAGGGGGAAAUUAUAUAUAUAUAUAAAUAUAUAUGAGAAAAAAAAAAUACAUAACUGUUUAUGUAGUUCUGAUAGGUUACUAUGAAAAGACUGACUUGAAGAAGAAGAAAAUAAAAAGAAAAUGAAAACAAGCAAUUUUGAAGCAGCCCUCACAGAAGGAGUUGGUUCUUUAUUAUUUGUAUUAAAUACGAGCUUGCGAACCAAUCAUUUUACAUCUAGUUUUUAACCUUCAGGGCACAUUGAAUGUAGUGCCACUCUAUUGUGAAACAACCUUUUAUUGUGAUGUUACUUGUUAAUGUUGAAUUGUACAGAAAAAAACAAAGGGUUAAACUGAACAAAUGUGUUAAUAUGCCUCGUUCCAGGGUGGUGGUCAUUAUGGGGGAAGGGGAUACUACAUGGAAAAUUUGGGUGGGUGGGGUUGAAUAUAUCAGAGCCAUUGGACCAGUAGUAUUUAUUGCUUAGAAAUUGCUUGUGUUAUAUAUGUAUGUUGUCCUUUUACAAUCAAAAAUCUGUUUCCCAUUUCUUGAUGCAUUGUAUAAAGUUUUCUUUUCUUAGCGUAAGCAUCUUAUAUAUAUAUCAUUUGUACAAGGUUUUUAAGUUUAUAUAUAAAUUUAUAUUUUUUUGUUUUGCUGUAUGAAACUCAGUGGCCACCAAAUUAACAUUUUUUUAGCUGCAUUUAAAGGAUCAAUAUUGUACAAAAAAACAACAAAACAAUCACAAUUGCUUUAAAAGCCAUUAUGAGAAGACUUGAAAUUAACAAGGGAAAUCGACUUGCGCUGUUUGACCAACAGCAUUCUGUAAAUUAUGGAACACAGCCGAAAAAAACCUGCUCAUUGAGACUGUAGAACGUGUACAAAUUGAUGUGCCAAAAUUCCCAGCAACUAAUGCCUCCCUUGUUUUUGAUGCUGUAUUUUUUUGUUCCUCAUGUUUUGAUGUGAUGUUACAUAGAUAGGUAUGUAUGUAGUUUUAUUGUCAUCUAUAACAGGUGUAUUUGGUAGACAGUUGACUGGGCAGCAUUUGAAAACAAUGAGGUACAAAAAAAUCUACCCCCGAGGGCCAAAUCCUGUAUAUUAGACUAAACUAUAAAGGAAACAACUGCCACUUUUAUGUACAUUUGCUACAUAUAGGUAGGUAGCAAUUCAAUAAUAAAAAUAGGCAUGUUGAUGUUUCAAAAAAUAAAAAAUAAAAACAAAAAAACUACAUAAAGCUGAAAAGCUCAUCAUUCAUUGAGUGCCAAUGUAUUUGACAUGAAACAGUUGUAAAUCUGUCUCUGGUUUUUCUCUGGUUUAUUAAGAUGCUAACUAUAACAUUUUUUUGUGAAUACUUUGAAUGUUUCUAACAGCUGUGAUGUUACCGUUCGGUUUUAUGCUCUUCUUCCGAUUUUAAUUUCAAAAAUGGUUUUUAAAAACCGUACAAUUUUUUUGUAAUGAAUUACAUGUUCAUACUGUACAGUAUCUGUAGCAUGCAGUUCUGGAUUAAUAAAAGCAACAUAGUAUGUGCA